CCCCUCCAUCAAAAUGCAGAGAACACUCCCAUCUACUGAAGAGGAGUGUAAAUAAACCAACUGUAAUUUGUGUGUGAGAGGUUUCAAAUCCCACAAAAUGUCACAACAAACACAAUAACAGCGUCUAUAAACCAAGAUCAUAUAUUCACAACCGUCACAAUAUACAAAGAGUUUUAUGUUGGGAUGAUGUUAAUGCUGUUGUUCGUGUGCAGUGCAGCGGUUAAAUUGCAGCCUGAUCAGACCGUCUCAAUGUGAACGGUCUGAAAUUUUGUGAGAUUUGAAACCUCAGUACCACACACAAAUGACAGUUGGUCUAUUUCCACUCCCAUUCAGUAGAUGGCAGUGUUCUCUGCAUUUUGAUGGCGGGGGAGGAGGAAGUGAUGAGAGCAGCUAAUUUGAAUUUUCCAAUUAUGCCUUUCAGCACGUGUCUGAUUAACGCUCAAACAUUCAGGAGCUAGUGCAUUACUUUAAAAAAAAAAGUGCAAUAAUCACAUUUUCACUUUGUAAAAAUGAGUUGCUGUUAAUUUCGCUGAACUCUCCGCAAGUAGUUGGUUUUAAAUGAAACCAUGAGUGAAAGGUGCUUUGCGCUUGAUGUCUCCUGUUUACUGUCUGAAUAUCAGCAUGUUGAAAGUAAAUGACUUUUUUUUUCCCUUCUCUUCUUUGUAACAGCAGCUGGUCGCCCCCUUUUACUGGAGGAGGACUGAGCUUCUCACAGCGGUUUGUUUAUUGCAAAGCACACGACAGGAAGCCCAAAAAAAUGUUAGCGGAACUAAAUUUAGCGAAAGCUAAUUGGUCAGCUGAUGGUUUUCAAAGUUAGUUGAAAAGCUAAUCUGCUACCAAAAAUGUUAGCUUUGCUAAUUAGCGGUUAGUGGACUAGCGGAACUGUUCCCACCACUGUGUGUCUGUGAUGUCACUCUGUGGUUCUGACCCACUUCGCUUGCUCUCGUCUAAUAGGUGCAUUUUAAAGAACCGGUGGUUGCCAUGGAAAUGACAGAACCUUGUUUUCCACUUCCGCACCAGCUCCCAAUCAAGAGUCGGAGGAGGCGAGGUCAUGGUCGUGAGUCACGAGGUUAAAAUGUCAUCCUUUAAAAAUGUCAAAGAUCAAAAGGAGCUCGAUGGAAUAAUGUUUCAGUUCAAAGGUUCAUCUGCAGGUGGCGGUGCACGUGACAGCAUGAACACAUGCAGGCAGGCGUCAUAAGCAGGGUGAACCACCAGGGGGCAGCAGAGUCCACACAACAGUCAUUACAGCAGGGGUGCCCAACCGUUUUUGAUCCAAGAUCUACUUUUAACUUUAAAAGUAGUGUAUCGAGAUCUACCAGACCAUAUUGAAAGCAACAACACAAUCUUCUGGCACAAAGCUUUAAUAAUAAUAUUACACUAUUGAAAUAAAUGUGCAUGGUACAAAAAAUCAGCACAGAUAAGACCUGGGACUGGCCCAUAAGAACACACAACCCAAAUAACACUAAGUCCCUUCAGCUGCUCCCCUGUUUGCACUCGGGGUCACCACAGCAGAUUCCAGGUGGAUCUGCAUGUUGAUUUUGGCACAGUUUGUAUGUCGGAUGCCCUUCCUGAUGCAACUCUACAUUGCAUGGAGAAAUGUGGCAGGGGUGGGGUUUGAACCAGGAACAAUACAACGCCUAACGUUCUUUUGAACCUUAGACCUCAAUAGUUUUAUGUACUGUUAAUUACAUUAUGAUUUUUAUGUUAAUUUACAGUCUUAAUGUAUUUAUACAUUGUUUACAUUCUUUUUAUCAUAUACACACGUUUAAUAUUAACAUUAUCUUUAUUAUUAUUAUCAGUAUUAAUAUUAUUGUUAUUUUAUUUGAUCAUUACUUCUAUUUUGUCAUUUGAUUUUUAAAUGGACCACAGUGGAAAUAAGUGAUUUCACUUCUUGUGUCAUACAUGUAUUUGACUUACUAAAUAAACUCAUGCAUGCACACUUUUGAUAUAAAGAUAAUCAGCAUGUGAAUAACACGGGUUCAAACAUUUACAAGCUGUUUAACAAAUCACUUAAUUUUGCUGAGUUUCAUCAUCGUGACAUUAAGUUAUCCUCACAUUACACCUUCAGGUUAUAUGAUUGGUUCAUAACUAAGAGCAUGGAGCUUGUUUUUUGUUUGUUUUUCUUCGCUUUCUGUGACAACCAAUCACAGUUCUUAGAGGACCAGGUCAUACCUAGCAACAGGGUCAGCCCCGCCUCCUCACAAAGAUAGGACUUUCUGUCCCCUCCUUGCUCAGAGUUGCUUUGAGACACUUCUUGGAUUGCUCUUAAAACUUCCUGGUCGGGAAUCGGAGCCUUUGAGAUGUACCCAGGAUACGAGCCCUGGAUGUUUGGGGCACGCGAGGUGAUUUAGCCAGGAAGUUAGCAUCAGAGCGCCUAUGGGUCAUCUUGAAAUGCUGUGUCACAUUCCCUUUUUGGCAGUCAAGCCACACUUGCACUGCAGAUAAGACGGAUGGACUUGACAUUCAAAUGCACACACAAAAAUAAUAAGUUUUAGGUUUUGUGUUUUUUUUUUUUUGUUUUUUUUAGCUUCCACCAUUGUAGUUUCCACCUGCUCUCAUCCAUCUUCUCGUGCCCUUUCGACCCUGCAAAUGUGCAGACAGAAAGACGUGCAAGGGUUUUUUAUGUGAUUGGGGCACACUGGUGUGACAGAGAUGCCCCUGAAAAACAAAACAAACCCUCAGUCAUUCAGAAUGGAAUUUAAAUUAAAAUUCUUUUUAAAUCUACUUAAGUCUGAUUUUACAUCUGUAACUUUCCUCAUGUGUUUUCUGAAAGUUCAUAUCAACAUGUUUACAUGUUUAAGUGCUGCUCUGAUAGGCAAAGCCUCUGGCCAGAGGGCGGAGCCUUCGGCUGCAGCAGCCACUGAGGAGCCAGCAUGUCUGCAGGGGGCGCAGCUGAACACCACCUUGGCUCUGAAGGCGGAGCUAGAGUCUCUGGAGGGGGCGGAGUUUAAUGCACAGAGGGCCAUUGAGGAAACACUUCAGAAGUCAACAAGGGUGAAAAACCUGAUCAGCAGCAGAGCAUCAGAAGGGGUGAAUGUGUCUCACUCUCAGCUGCUCUUCACCUCAUUGGUUAGUGUGGAUGUGCAGAAGGAUCAGCUGAUCAGCCGGGUCCUGCAGGACAGACUGCUGCUGGCCCCGCCCCCUCACAUUUCUGGUCACAAGUCUUUAGAUGCUCCGUCCCUCCUUACCUUCCUGACCUCUGACCUGCACAGACAGAAGGCCCUCCCACCAGAUGACGAUGACCCACUCAGCAGCAGGCCCAUCUUAACCCCAACUCCUCGUCCCGCCUACUCAACCUUUGACCUUUACCGCCAGCGGGUACGCUGGGAGGCCACAGACUGACUGAGGCGCUCUGACUGGUUGUGCUCUUUAUGAUGUCAUAAACAGAGGGAGGACUCAUGAACACUUGUUAAAUAUGUUUACAAAGUAAAUAAACUUCAUUUAAUAAA